CACCACUACUCCACCAAACUCCACCCCAAGUACACCAGCUCACCGCACCACCACCCCACCCUGGUCAGCUCACCAAGCCCACCAUUAACUUCACCACUUGGCAGUCGCUUGCCCUAUUCCCACUCCCUUUACCAAACCUGCCACUCACUCUUAUCCUCCUCAUCCACACCGAUCUUGCAAUAUUCCUCCUUCACCAUGCCUACAGACAAGCGCAAGCCCACCAAGCGACGUCCAACAUCAAAAAGAUCUUCAAUAUCUGGCAAACCACCUUCAAAACCGCCUCACAAACGACGGAAGAAAAAUAACAAGCAAUCUCUAACCCCUGAGGAGAUCGCACUUGACGGAUCAGACUCAGAUGAUGAAGAUUAUCAACCUAACCUCCAACUUGAAGAACAAGAAUUAGACGACAUGCGAAAAGAAGACCCCACCGACAGAACUUCAUCUAGACCAGGUCCCUCAGCUAACAACUCAAGACCCGCUCCCCCAACAAACACCCAAUCCAACGCUACAAAGAGAAAACACCCUGCCAAAACAGUACCACCUCGUAUUCCCAUCACAACAUCACUAACCCUUGAGAACUAUUCUACCAAUGGUCGACAGCUGGGCCGACCGGCACUUGAGAGGAUGUUGAAUGAUCCAAAGCGCAAGACUCAGAAUCGACCCCCAUCAAACGUUCUAGGUGAAGCUCAGGCGCUACAGGGAUAUUAUACAAUGGAUAAGAUGAGUCUCUCUUUGGUUGGAAACACCUCCCUUGCCACUCUGGAAUCCGCACUCUUCGAAGGUCCUAUAUCACGCGAUCGCAACGGCUACACAACAUGGAUGAGCUACAGCCUGGCCAACACAGUCGAAAUCUCCAUGCCUGCAGGCCGACAACCCGAUGGCUUUGCUGAACAUAAUCAAAACUGCCGCAAAUGGACCGAACUGACCGAUCCUGAAAAAGAGAUAUUUCAGCCAAAACUUUUCGAAAAGCUAGCUUACGCCCAUUUCUCAAAUAUUGCCACCGCGGUUUCUGAUGAAGAACGCGCAACAGAAGAAGAGGUAACUCAAUAUAUGAUUCAUUUCACCCAACUCGCCAAUCUGGUCAAGGUAUCCAAACACCUCCAAAGUGGUGUGCUGGGACAGACAAUAGCAAAGUCUCUUGCGGUCAUUGAGAAGAGGGGUCGUGAAGAGAUUGGAAAAGUGGCUACUCAGGAAUCAAUACGGACCAAGCUCACCAACUUGCUGAAUCAUGAGAUAAGAAAGAAUCUGCCAAAGCCGCCUGAGGGACCAAAGCAAGACGUCUAUCCAAAGACCCCCAAUCCACACGCAACUAUAGCCAGCCGGCUUUUCCAAGGCCUCCAGUUAGCCGUCCGCCAAGCCACCGACUCCCAAGUCACUCAGGAGAUGCUGAGCAUCGGGGCCAAAGGCGGGCGUCUUACUGACAAACAAGUAAAAACUUGGAUCGACGACAUUGAAGAAGGGCGAUAUUCUAUAUAUAUUGCAACAAACAAUGGAUAAAGGAGACUCUCGGAAGCAUGAUUUCUACUCGCCACCGACUGUCACCAAAACAAAUGGGUCUAUCUUUUUUCCUUCAGUUUUUUCCUUUUUUCAUUGAGUCGAGUCUAUCUAUUUCAUCCAAAAUUUCUUAAUACAUUUCUUUCAUUUGUUGGUUCCCACUCGCUGUUGUCUCUGUGGUUAGCCAUUGUGGUCCAUUUAUUAAUAUGUUAAUCAAAGGUCAUAAUGUUCUAGUCAAAUGACUACUCUCUAUACCUAUAAUUUCCAUCCU